GCUCACUUCCUUAACGUAGUCGGUUCUGCGCAUGCUUGGCGGUUUAUUCGAAAAUCAAAAGUUCGAAGGAUUUUCUUCUUAUUAGUUGAGUUCGUUGCGACGAUUUUUAAAAUAUUUUAUUUAGGGAGUAAGUUUUUAAAUUUAAAAUGGAGGAGAAUUUGUCCGAAUGGGAAAUGUGUAAAGAAAAUAUUCGGCCUUUGAAACAAGGAAGGAAGAUUGAUUCGUUGAAAUCUGCAUUAUGUCCGACAGACGAUUACAAAAAGUCAAAAAGACAAGCUUAUGAAGCUGCUCUUCGGAAUCACACUGGUGAUGAUUUAUUGGAGAUUUGGCACGAAUAUAUUUUUUGGGUUGAGCAAAAUUAUCCUACUGGUGGAAAGGAAAGUGGAAUAUGGAAGUUACUUGAAUCUUGUGUUAUUGCAUUUAAUGAUAAAGAACAGUAUUAUAAUAAUGAAAAGUAUAUUGAGAUUUGGAUUAAAUAUGCAAAUGCUCAUCCUGAUGCAAUAGAAAUAUUUAGAUAUAUGUACAGUCAUAAGAUUGGUUGUCAGCAUGCAAUAUUUUAUGAAAAUUGGGCUUGGUCAUUAGAGAGCAUGGGAAAUUUUAAACAUGCUGAUGAAGUUCUAACAGAAGGCAUUCAACAAAAUGCACAACCUGUGGUAAAAUUAAUAGAGAGACAAAGGAAACUUCAAGAAAAACUAGUGAAAGAAAUUAAAAAAAAUUUAGAAAUGCUUUCAGAUGAAAAUGCAGUUCAGGAAUCACGAACAGCACUUGGCCUUUUAAAUUUUGAUAGACAAAACACAGUUCCGUUAAAUAGAAGUGAAGCAAUCAUUGAUGUAUCAGUUAAUAUACAAAAAUCGGGAAAUUUAGAUAAGAAAAAGAAUAAUAAAAAACAAGCAUUUAAUGUUUACAAAGAUGAAAAUACAUGUGUAACAAGUAUUCCAAGUCAAACUAAAAAUUCUAUUAAAAUUGCAUCUAGAGCUGAAAAAGUCAAGGAAAACGAAAUGAAACCCAAGAAAUGGUCAGAAGCAAAGAUUCCACAAAAGAAUGCAUUGAUUAAACAUCAACAAGCAUUCGACGUUCAUAUUGAUGAAGAAAGUACCAAGAUAACUAAAAAAAUGCCAAUAAGAAGAAAUGUUUUAAGUAGUAUUAAAAAAUCUGAUUGGGUAGUUCCUCUUGCCUUAUUUGAACCAUCAGAUCCAAAACAAAUACCAAUGUAUCAUAAACAUAAAGUAUAUACAGGAUUAGAAGAGUUUUCAUUUGAAGAAAUUGAAGCAGUCAGGAGAGAGAAAUUACGUAAAGAAGAAGAAGAAAAAUUAAGAAUUCGAACAUUAGAAGAAGAAAUUUCCCAUUUGAAAACUCAAUUUCAAAUGAUGAAGAAGAAUAGUUUUUCUACUGAUAGAGAAAGUCAUCAUUCAUUGAUGCUUGAUAAAACAUCAAUUGAAAAGAAACAACUUCCUGAUCAAAUAUUACAGGAAAUUCAAGAGACAACUAAUUUUGUUAAAAAUGAUCAAUUCUCAUCUCAAAAAAGGAAAACUUUCUCACCACUAUCCCAGGAUGGAUCACAACGAAACAUAAAGAAACGGAUUGGAAGUGAGGAAAAUAUUACAGAAGAACAACAUGCUGAAAUGGUUGAUGUUUAUCAAAAUCUAACUGAUGCUGCUACUAGAGAUGAACCAAAUGAUAAAUGUUGUGAAAAUGAAAUGAUGACUCAACCAAUCAAAGUAAUUGAUGAGAAGAAAGAAAACUUAAUGUGUUUUAUUCCUCCUGCUGAUGAGAAAUAUUCUCUCAGUUUUCAAGAUUAUGAUGAUGAUAAUGUGAAAUUAGCAGCUCUUUCUGCUCACUCAGAAUCAUUUAAUUCUUUUAACAUUUCUGAGUCUAAAAAACUAGAAGGAAGUAAUACAGAAAAAAAUCCUAAUAAUAAUAAUAAUAACGAUGAUAUAUCAAAUACAUAUCAAAGAUUUGAUAAUCCCAAUGAAGAGAUUGCAAAUUUAUCUACAUCAUUACAUACAAAAGAAGUUACAAAUAUGAUACGAGGAGUUUGGUAUAAAACACUUAGUCAUUUAUCUAUUGAAGAUAAUACAGAAAAUUUGGUCAAUAAAAUUAAUGCAGAAAAUCAACAAAAUGGAAAUUUUGUUUUUUAUCAAGAUCCAUCAGUGAUUAUUUCACAAAGUACCCUUCAUGCAGAUAAUCCAAUUGAAAUGAUUGAUCUCAAUGAGGAGAAGAAAGAAAACAUGCCACCACAUGAUUAUAUUCAAGAGCAUGUGGAACGACCAAUAUCAGGAAUUUUACAGCCUGCUGUAGAUAUUCCAAUUGCAGAUCCAAAUCAAAAUAAAUGA